AUGAAGAUCUUUCCAGUUCUGGCAGUAGUUGUGCUCUGCCUCGCGGCAGCACAGGCUGGCACGAGACGUCCACAACUGGUGCGCCUUCAUCAGGUGACACGCUCCGAGUACAACGAGCUCCUCCACCUUACCCAGGGCCAGGAGAUGGUCUCCGAGGCCCGGCUGCUCAGCAGCCCGAUUGCUGGCAUCAAGGGUCUGGCUGCUGGCGUCAAAGGCGGCUUUGCCGUUGGCAAUUUCUUUCCGGCGUUCUUCAGGUCCGGACCCAAGGAGGUGAUCUCCAAGAAAGGCCAUCCUCUGUGCGUGAUCUCCCCCAAAAACCCGUACGACGAAGAAGAGGAGGAGAACAGUCGAUCGAUCAGCGUGGCGUACGAACCGAACACUGAGUCUGGCUCCUCUUCGGGCGGCCCCAGUGAAGGUGGAAACGGCGGUGAUCACGGUGGUGGACACGGCGGUGGGCACGGAGAUGGCAGUGAUAGUGACAAUGACGACGCCGAUACAGAUACACCCAUUGUCAAUUGCAUAGUGAUCGUCAGUGACGGCGAAACCAUCAAGCAAAGCCAUGGAGGUUCUGGAAAGCCAAACGGAAAGCCUCCGCCGUCCCAUGGUAGAUACCCCCCGUACUACCAACCACCCUAUGGAUACCCCUAUCCUGGCUACUAUCCCCCUUACCCCUACCCACCACCACCUCCACCAAAACAUACCCCUCGUUCGUUCGAUCGAUCGAUUGAAGCCCCCGAGGAUGUCAGUCGCGUGAUCGAUGCCUACAACGGCUACUAUUAUCAGCCGAGGCAGUUCACUCCCAGGUAUCACAAGCGGUCUCGUGCCAGCCAAGAGAUCUUUCCUGCAUACCAGCCAGCCAGCUACCCGCAGCAGGAGUACGCCUCCAACUACCCAAAGGUUGUCCGUAACUACGGCCUGAACCACCCGGCUCCCGUUUACGUCCGGACACCACAAUUUGACCAGGAUCAGGAGUGAAUC